AUGCCUCUACAUCUGCAGGUGCCACCACCCACAGAUCCGGCAUAUCGCCGGUCGCCGUCACCGCCUCCAUCGCCCUCGAGAGCUCUUCAGACGUAUUGCGAUAAAUAUGUUGUAGUCUAUGACUUCAGCGAUAUAGAUUACGAUGCGGCCACAAAGGAGUUCAUUACCCUGCUCCAGAAUCUGGAAGCCACUGGUCUUCACGUGGAGGUGAGACCAGGGUAUGAGCAAACUAUCCUGCUGUUUGUUAAAGCACCAAGCGAGCUUCUUGGAAACAGGGUCUACAAGCUGAGGGUAAGAGAUUGGCUCUAUGGCAUCACCCAAACGCGACCACCGGGAAACAAAGACACCAUUGUGUCUGCGUGGUAUGAAGCCGAGGAUAUCUUGUCCAUGGAUCAUUUAGUUAGCUGGCCAAAGUCUAUGGGAGGAGCAGGCAUCACUCCCGGCCAUGGCCAAUGGAAGAAUGUUAAGUCAAUCUUCCCCAUGCAUAAUGAAAAAGUCAACCAAGCAUUUCUCCGGCGUCUGAGCAAGAAGCUGCUCCUGGGAACCGACGAUCUCGACAAGAUACGGGACCUCUUUGGCUCAAAGGUUGCAUUCUAUUUUGCGUUUGGCCAGUCAUAUUCGGCCUUUUUACUGUUUCCAGCUAUUACUGGCCUUAUCGCCUGGUUAUGGCUGCCCAACUACUCUCUUGCCUACGCAAUUCUGACCGUUAUUUGGUGCACCGUGUUUUUGGAGUACUGGAAGGUCCGUGAAGUUGAUUUGAGCAUUCGAUGGAAAGUGAGAGGAGUAAGCAAAACCAAGAUGAACCGGCCGGAAUACAAGUAUGAGCAAGUCAUUGUCGACCAGUACGGUCGGACUAUCCACUACACUCCGAAAUGGAAGCAGAUUUCGCGACAGCUUCUUCAGGUACCGUUCAUGGCCAUCUCCACGGUAGCACUGGGGUUGAUGAUUAGCUCGGUGUUUGCGGUCGAGAUCCUGAUAUCUGAUUCAUAUGACGGGCCAAACAAUUUCUAUCUUGAAUAUAUACCCACUGUAUUACUGGCUGUUCUGAUCCCCUACAUCAGCUCAUACCUUGAAGGUGUUGCGAAGUGGUUAACAAACUUUGAGAACCACCGAACAGCAGACAACUUCGAAAUGUCACUCACGCAAAAGAUUUUUGUUCUUAGCAUCAUCACCAACUAUUUGCCUAUCUUGCUGACUGCCUUCGUCUAUGUUCCUUUUGGAAAUCAAAUAUUUCCUUGGCUUGAAGGCCACAUCGUCCAGUUUGCGCCCAGCAUCGGCAACCGUCUCACCGAGCUGCCUUUCCGACUGGACGCUGAUCGUUUGCGCCACGAAGUUAUUACAUUGACUGUUACUGGCCAGCUUUCCAGUUUUUUCGAAGAAAACAUAUUGCCGUUAAUCAAGCACAAGAUGAGCGGCUGGUAUCGAGAAUAUCGUCGCGCUUAUACCAAAGACACCAUCCUAAUAUCCAUGGUCACUGAUGAUGAUGACGAGGCAAAGUUCUUGGAGCAGCGCCGCAACGAGGCCACGCUGGAGCCAUAUAAUGUCCAAGAUGACAUUGCAGAGCUGGUUCUUCAGUUUGGAUAUCUGGCGCUAUUUUCGCCUGCCUGGCCACUCAUCCCUUUGGGCUUCCUCAUCAAUAAUUGGGUUGAACUUCGGUCUGACUUUGCCAAAAUUUGCAUCGAACAUCAGAGACCGGCGCCGUAUCGAGCUGAAGGUAUCGGUCCUUGGAUUGCCUCGCUGGAGGUCCUUGUCUGGCUGGGAAGCAUCUCUUCCGCCGCGAUUGUUCACUUGUUCAGUUCUGAUAGCAUGCUGGGCGGGGGUUGGUCUACCCUGCCAUUGACCAUUUUUGUCAGCGAGCAUAUUCUUUUAGCGAUUACGACCAUUACCAGGGUUAUCUUUUUACGUUUUGGCUCGGAACAGCUGCGCAGAGAAAGAAGUGAGCAGUAUGCCAGGCGGCUGGCUAUCUUGGAGGAGAUUGAAGAGCACAAGCGUGAAGGAGAGCACAUUGAUGUCAGAGAGAGACAACGGAGGAGGUCGUUGCUAGUCUCUGGCAAUGAGAGCUUCUGGACAAAACAGGUUGAGGAGGGUGCGAGCGUAGCAGCUGGUGUGAAGUUGAUACAAUUGGCGAGGAAGUGGGAAGAAUCCAAGGAUCUUAAGAAAAAGCAAUAG